AUGUCCGAAAAGCAGAGCCUGCCAUCGCCAUUAGAGCCAGAAUGGCAAGGACAAUAUCCUUAUUCUCGUCUCGAAACCAACCCUUAUCAACGCCCAUUUUUGGACACAAGAAACAACCUGGACAGGCAUGGGGCUAAGUCAACAACGCCCAUGAGGCACCAAUACCAAAGCCAGGAUUUGAGAAUAGAAAGUCUCACUCAUGACGCACUUGGCAGACCGACAUCCUCUUUAUAUGGCACCACAAGUACCGGUUCAAAGCCAUCCGGCACCAUCAGCCGAGACAGCCUGGGAACAGACUUAUCUCCUUACCCCCGACUGACAGAAGCAUACAACCCUUACAGAUCUCAGGGUUACCAGACUCCUGGGACCGAGUUAGCCCAACCUGAGAGGGAUGAUAAAGAACGAGGCUCGAGCCAGGACGCCGAAUUCGACGUGUACGAUGAUGAUGCCCAUGAUCCUUAUCGAGGUUCUCAUUUUUACCACCAAACAGUGGCGGAGCGUAUUGCGGCACGUCGCAAAAUGAAAAGAUUCAGGCUUACGCCACAACAAACUAGAUUUUUGAUGGGCGAGUUUGCGAAACAGCCUCAUCCUGAUGCCACCCUCAGGGAGCGACUGUCUCGGGAGAUUCCUGGUUUGAGCCCUCGACAGGUCCAAGUCUGGUUUCAAAACAGACGAGCCAAAAUGAAACGAGUUACGAUUAAUGAUCGCGAAAGAAUGAUUCAGAUGCGGGCAGUUCCGGACAACUUUGAUAAUUUACAAGCCUUACAUUCACCUUAUAGCGCCGUGAAUGGCAUUGGAGCAUCGCCAUCGAAUCUGGGACCGAUGGUCCCCCCUCACCGCUCAGCUUUUGACAACGGUAGAAUUCCAAGUUUUGGUCAUAUUGGCUGA